AUGAUUGCCAAGCAUCUGAGAUCUAAAAAUAUCAGCAAUGAUCCCUUUGUUCAGUCAAAUGAAUUCAAAUUUAUCGCCCAGAAGAUAGCUGGCAUAGAUCUCGAAGAAAUGGCGGGAAAUCAAACUUACGCUGUACCAACACCACUCACACCACCAGCGACUCCAGGAACACCAGAACUAAGCACUCAAAGCCAAGUGAAUCCACUCGAAAAAGCCGAAAAGGGCUGCAGUAAUGUGCUAUCUUAUUUGUCUUUUCCUWUUUUUUCAAGGAGAAGCACUCUUAACCGUUUCCUCGCAAAGAACAGUAUUAAGCGAUAUGACAACAAUCUUACACCAAAGGAUGUUGUAUCUGCUAUUGAGACUGAACUCAAAGGGAGUGCAAAGAAACUUGGUUACAGGCUAAUKUGGACAAGGAUCAGGCGUCGUGGUUUCUUAGUCACAAGGGACCAAGUUUCAAGUUGUAUGAAACUUCUUGGUGUAGAGUGUGAAAAACCCACCAUCAGACGGAAACACUGUGCAAAUUAUUAUUCUAAGGGACCAAACUACACAUGGCAUGUCGAUGGGAWUGACAAACUGGCAAAAUGGGGGUUUCAUAUUCAUGGUGCCACAGAUGGCUACAGCCGAAAGGUGCUGUGGCUUAAAGUCUUCACCACAAACAAAGACCCUUGGCUAGUCGCCAAAUAUUUCAUCAAAGGGAUUGAAGAAAAUAAAGGUAAUAUUAUUAUAUCGCUAUCAAAUUCCUUUAUAAUUCAUAAGGAGAACACGUGAUGGAAAUAA